AUGAGCACGAAUAAAGAAAAUAAAGAAAUAAAAGAUGCUUGGUUAAAGGACACUAAUAAUGCCGAGUAUAUUAAGUUUAUCAAUGGUGCUUUUGGUGUUUAAAAGAAUCCUAAAGCAAAUUAAACGAUAGAACCAGUAUAAAUAAUCGAAAAAAGAGAAGAAGAGAAAAAGAAGUACCUCCUUGAAGAAGAAAAGGUUGGAGGAGAAAACUUUUAUAUUUUGAAGAUAGGUAAAAUUGGUGGAAGUAAGUUAGAGAGACCUGUUUUAUUUAGAAAAUCAAAUUUAAUCCAAAUAAAAUAAUCAGGCAAUAAGCCUGUCGAAAAAGACUUAGGAAGAAUUUAAAAGCUUGAAAAUGGAGAAAACAAGUUUACAGGAAAACAUGCGAAUAAAAUUGUUCUAAAUGCAAGUGUUUUAAAGGAGGGAUCAGACAAGCCUAGAUAAAUAUAUAUUUUAUGCGAAAAUAAGACUAUUAGUGAUAAGAUUUUAUCCUAUACUAUUUAAAACAAGGUCUUAAAGAGUUUCACUCUUAUAAAGUAAGAUGUUGCUCCUAGAUUUAAAUACUUCUUAGCUAAUAGAUUUAGAUAAAGUAUCAAAAAUUACGCAAAUUAUUUAAAAGCUUAGGAAGAAAAUAAUAAAAGCUAAUAGAAGAAAACCUUUGAAACUAUUUUUAAAGGAUUUGAUAAGAAAUGCAUAUCUGAAGUAAUUUAAAAAUGGAAAUAAGAAUCUUAAUUAGCAGAUAAAGCUGAAAAAGACACUCAAUUAAAAGAGUAGAUAAAAUUAAGAAAUCAAGAAAAAGAGAGAAGAUGGUAAAUAUUAAAAUCAAGUGAAGUCUUAAAGUAAGUUGAUAGGCGCAAUUUGAAAACUGCUAUGAACAAAGCUAUUUUCUCUGCUAGACAAAGAGAAAUGGAAGAAAAAGAAGCUGAAAGGGCUGAAAGAGUUAAAAGAACUAAAAAUGAAAAGAAAUUACAUUUGUAAUUCAGCCAACUUAUUUUAUCCUCAGCAUUAAGAAUGGUAAGACCGAUACUUGAUGUCUACUAUAUAGUGAAUAAAAAUAUAGUUACAUAUGAUUAAUAUGAAAAGCGUAAUGAGGAUGCAAUUAUUGUGAAUAAAGGAUAAUAAGCUGCUCCUUCAGAGUUAGUCAGAAAAAUAAAUGGCUAAAAUUUUUAAAAGCAACCUGAAUAAGAUGAGCUAUUUUAAAUGGUUUUCACUGCUAAAAUGCAUUCAAAAAUGAGUGAUAAUAGCUAUCUAUGGAAUCUUUAACCUUAUGAUGGAUUCUAAACCACUAGCUAAUAAUUGUAAGAUGAUACAAUAAAAUUCGGUGAUUUAGAUUCAUGUGAAAAAGACACAUUAAAAAUUAGUCUUUACGAUGAAAUGAAUAGACAAAAGUAAUAUAUUACUUUUGUUACUGUUUCUGACUUAAUUAGUGCUUAAACAACAACUAAAUAGAUUUGGUUAAACUUCUCUUUAGAAUCAAUGAAAAACUUCAAUACAAAAAUAUUGUUGAAAGCUAACAUAUUUAGGACACCAACAAUAAAAAGUUAAACUCAUAGCUCCUUUGAUGACUUCUUAGAUAUAUUUGGUUCAAAGCAAUUCGAAAUGGUUGAUCCUAUUUAUUUAAUUCGUCUAAAAAACCUUUCUCUUAUUAGAUCCUCUUGGAUUUACUUUUUAGAAAAACUGAUCGAUGAAGGUCUUGGUUCAAAUAGCUCAAUCAAGCUUUUACAGUUUUUAAUUGAUGCUAUCGAAUAGAAAGAUCAAGUUGAGUAUCCUUAGGAUAUAUCAGAUCCUCUGAUUUAUAAGGAUUUCAGAAAAAUAUUCUAUGAGUCUAUAUCUAUGUACUUGACCUCAGCUUAUGCUAAGACAGUCUUGCAAUAAGAAGAUCAUUAACAAGAACUUCUCGAAAAGAUUGGUGAGCCUGAUUCUAAAUACAUCCAUAAAAUUAUUAAAGAAAUUUAGAAAACUAAAACUUAAAUUAGCUAUGAAGAUCUUAAGAGACUUUUUAUUUACGGUGUCCCCAGCAGAUUUAGAUGCCUCUAUUGGUCCAAUUUCCUUUAAAUAAAUAACAUUAUUUAAGAUGAUAUUCAAAGAACAUCUGAUGGUUUUGUAAGUGAUUCUGAUGAUUUAGUAAAGAGAUAUGAAUAUUAUUAAAAAUUACCUGAAAUAGAUUGCUCUAAGUCCUUCCUAGAUUAGGAUGAAUAUGAAAUUAUGGGUAAGUGGCAUGCAGAUAAUUUAGAGUAAAUUCUUAGCGCAUUCACCAGCUACUUGAAGUAUCACAGAAUAGUAGAUUUAACUUAUGAAGAUAGGUUGAGAUACAAUUUAUAUAGAUUUAUAUAAAGAAUUUAUAUUUGUUUGUAUCCUACUUUCAUGAAAACCGAAGAUAAUUUGCAUGCAGGUUUCUUCACUUAUGACAAGCAAAAGUCAAAGUUGUAAAUGUCAUUGAAAAAAAUAGAUUUAAAUGACUUUACUUAGGAUGAAUAAAAUCAAAAGGAAUAAAUUAUUAGAGCAGAAAUAUUUUGGUUUUCUGUUGCAUUCUAUAAUCUUUAUUUUAAGCAAUUGGUAGUUAUGGAGAAUGAAUAAGGAUUACAAGCUAUGAAGAAAAGAAUUGCUAUCGGUAUUGUAGCCUAUGAAACUAUGUUAAACCCUCAUUCAAAGCUAAUGAUAUAAUAGAAUUAGUUGUAAGAUGCGAUUAAGUAUUAAUGGUUUAAAUAAAGCACUAAUUUCUUCUAGAAUACUUUCUAGAGCUUCAAUUUCACUAAAAUUUUAGAUAUUGUUGUAUUUGAAUUUGGUAUGAAUUUAAUGGACGGAUUCGAAAAUGCAGUCUUAGCAUGCUUUAUCACUCUUUUAGAUAGAAUCAAAUUAGAUGGUAUAAUUAAUCAAUCUUAACUUGAAAAUGCAUUUAUUACAGAAGGCUUGUUUUUAUAGUAGAGUUUCUUUGUGGAUCUUUACAAAAACAUUUAAACUAUCCAAAAAGGAUUUGAUGCACAAUUGAUUGAAAAUUAAUUACAUAAUUUGAAUUUCAAUCAGUUCGGAGACCUCUAUCUACCAGAAGAAGAUAAUGAGAAAAAUUUGAAGAUUGACAAAGAAAUAUUGGAAACUUUGCAAACUUCUAAUAAUAGAACUCUAGACUUAGGAAAUCACCCCUAAGGAAAUGAAGCAGGCUAAUAAAAUUAAAAUUUAUCUCCUUAGAAAAAGCAAAGAAUUGUAAACGUUAAAUCUCCAUUUUAGGUAAGAAAAGAUUUUGUUGAAUAAGAUAGUGAGGAAGAAAAAGAUAAACUCAAUCCUAUAAAGGAUUACCUUGUUUCUCACAAAGUGAAAUUCGAUGAAGAAUUAAUAAAUAAAAAAAAUGAACGCAAACCGCAUACCCCUCCUAUGAUUCUUUGA